UGCAUUCUAGGGCUUGAUGUGAGAUGCCAGCCCUGCCCUGAGAUGCUCAGAGUUAGUGAGGAAGAGAAACAGGGAACGUGGCUGCCGUUAGAGGGCUGGGGCUGGGGGUGCAGGAGGCCCCAGCUCUGAAGGUUCCAACUUCCUGUCCUAUUCUAGUCUCCUCCCAGGAGGCCGAGAUGAAUUGCCUGCCUGCCCUGGGCUCUUUAUUUUAAUCUCAGUAGGGUUCUGGGAGCGCCCACCCACCUCCACAAAGCUCCUGGGCCCCUCCUCCCUUCAAGGAUUGCGAAGAACUGGUCGCAAAUCCUCCUAAGCCACCAGCAUCUCCAUCUUCAGCUCACACCAGCCCUGAGCGCCAGCCUGCGGCCAGGGGACCACGCACGUCCCACCCACCCAGCGACUCCGCAGCCGCUGCCCACUCUUCCUCACCCAUGGGGAACAGCAAAAGUGGGGCCCUGUCCAAGGAGAUCCUGGAGGAGCUGCAGCUGAACACCAAGUUCUCAGAGGAGGAGCUGUCCUCCUGGUACCAGUCCUUCCUGAAGGACUGCCCCAGCGGCCGCAUCACCCAGCAGCAGUUCCAGAGCAUCUACGCCAAGUUCUUCCCUGACACCGACCCCAAGGCCUACGCCCAGCAUGUGUUCCGCAGCUUCGAUUCCAACCUCGACGGCACCCUGGACUUCAAGGAGUACGUCAUCGCCCUGCAUAUGACCACCGCGGGCAAGACCAACCAGAAGCUGGAGUGGGCCUUCUCCCUCUACGACGUGGACGGUAACGGGACCAUCAGCAAGAAUGAAGUGCUGGAGAUCGUCAUGGCUAUUUUCAAAAUGAUCACUCCCGAGGACGUGAAGCUCCUUCCAGAGGAUGAGAACACGCCGGAAAAGCGAGCUGAGAAGAUCUGGAAGUACUUCGGAAAGAGUGAUGAUGAUAAACUUACGGAGAAAGAAUUCAUCGAGGGGACCCUGGCCAAUAAGGAAAUUCUGCGACUGAUCCAGUUUGAGCCUCAAAAAGUGAAGGAAAAGAUAAAGAAUGCCUGAUGCCAACUGUUCAGUUGUCCUCCCUCCACCCACCACUCACACGACACCCGUGAGCACGUGUGCACGCACACACAUGCACACACCCACCCCAGGGCCAAGAGAAAGGCCUGCACACAAGCCCACAGCACAGCUCCCUGCCAAACUGAAGCAUCUGUAGUGACCCACUGGUUCCUUCUUCCUGGAUCUUCAGCGUCCCUCCCAUCAUCCCCGGUCCCACCCCUCCCUCUGCCCACCAGCCCAUGGGCCUGUGCUAAUCCCAGGAUUAGGCCAUAGGAGUCCUAAGUGUCACCCCGCUGUAAGCUCCUUUGUGGAGUGCUGGGUAAGCAGUUUCCAAUAAAUGUAAGCUGAGCUGGG